UGGCUCAACCUACCCGACCAAGAAAUCAACUCAAAAAGCUUUCUCUCAGUCUUUUUUUCUUUCAAAGAAACAAAAACACAAAUCUUUCUCUUUGCUGCAGCUACUGCUUGUCUUCGAUACAAACAGAAACAGAACAACAACAACAACUCAUUUGACCAUGCCUGAACUGAACCGGCCUGAUCCUGCGACUCGGGACGCCUCGGGAGGUGCCAACCCUCCCCAGAGCAAACUUUCUCGUGAUCCCUCGGUGGGCACGGCGAAUUUCCAAUACGAUAAUUCUCCCACCCUCAUCAACCCGGGCCAUCGCGAGCCUUCGGCGGGUGACGCUCCUGGAGGCGGCAGUGUCGAUGUCGACGAUUUCGGCUCCUUUGCUCCCAGCACGGCAUCGCCAGGAGGUGUUCCCUUGCCGGCCGUGGUGGCGCGUGCGCUUUCGGGUGGAGGCCACACCCGCGCCGGUGGUGGCCAAGCCCCCAUGGGACGUCCCAAUUUGGGCAACCGUCAGUCGACCCGCAAGUUGUCGACGGUCCAAUUUCGGACCAUUGCGGAGGAUGUCUCGGUCGAUGGCAGCUACUUUAAUGUGGAAGACCGUACCAUCAAUGUGGAAGAAGAAACCCACAAGGAAGUGUCGGAAUUUUCCGUCAUUUCCAAGGCGAGUCGGGUCUCGAGUCUUCCCAUGGCGGCGGAAAAUCGAGAUUUCUUUGAAGGCGAAGACGGAUACCGCGAUGUCUUGCAGGAUUUGGACGAAAAAAUCAAGAAAUUGGAAAAGGACGGACGCAAAGAUUGGGCGGAAGCGCGUUCGGAAUUGACCAUGCUAGGUGCCUUUUGGCGUUGGUUUUUGCGCACAUUCAUUCUCUGGACCAAUGAUGCCAUUAAUCGUCUCCGCUUUACCCGUGGAUUGCAGGAUUGGUUGCCCUUUCAGAUGAUUUACGAGUCCUUUUUGAUCAAUGGUGUCAUUCGAGGAUGGGAUUUGGACUCGCGUGGAAAGGACAAGGCCGAUUUGAGUCGAGCCUUUCGCAACCGCAAUGUCAGUCGCGCCAUGGUCCAGAAUUACAACUCCACCUACGAUCGCGUCUACCAUUGGUGUACCGCUGUCAGGUGGAAUCGUUGGUUUGAUAUUUUGAGUCAGUUCCCCUUUUUGGGAUGGUUGGGUUUUGCGGCUUCGGAGAACUUCCCGUCCACCAAGAGUUUUGCCAUUCGAGCCAUUGUCCGUGGUCUGGGUGUGGAGGGUCUUUGGAUUACUCGUGCCCUUACCGGGAAUUUGCAAGGUUUGACGGUCCAUGCCGGAGAGGAGACUCCUGCUCAAAACUUGGCGGCCGAAUCCACCGACUUUGAACAGCUCAAUCGCGAUCAGUUUGGCUCUCAUUUUGGACGCAUCAAGACCAACGAAUUUCGAUUGGAACAUCGUUUGCCUACGGAUGAAUCGAUUGUGCGUACAUUCAUGAGCAGUCCGGCUUCCACCAUGGCCAAUAAUGGAGUCGAACAUGUCUUGCGAUGCUUGGCUAAGCAUUGGCAUAACAUGUUGUAUCAGGAGAAUGGUAACUUUGCCCAUCAGCGCAUGGAACAGUUGGAUCCAUUCAUCAUUUUGCGUUUCCACAUGCCUGCGGUCUUGGUCACCAUGUCCAACUUGCGUGGACGCAAUACCUGGGAUUCGCAACAUUUGGGACCCUUUAUUCGAGAGCUCCAAGAAUUCAACCCGGCCAAGGCGGCCAAGAAUUACAGGCCUGGUGAUGAUGACGAAGAAAAGAAUUUGGGUGGAAACUUGUCGGAAGAAUACAAGGCCAUUAUCGGUGCUUGUGGCGCGGCCCGCAGGUUGGUCAAGAAACUCAAGGCGGAGAUUGUCUACCCGGUUUGUGCCGGAAUUCCUUCUCGAUUGAUCCCCUUUCGCAGUUGGUUGGAAGCCAUUCGCGAGGCGUUGACCGAGCUCGAAGAAGAGGCCAAGCAGGUGUCAGACUUGGUCCAGUCGGUGGAACGAGGUAUUCGAAUUGGAUACAGUAUCUUGAAGGUCAUCAACUGGUCCUACGAGAGUGACGCUGUGUUGGCCAAUGCGGUUGUGCAGCACAUCCAGGGCACCGGCAAGGAGACCAAGGGUGUGUCGAAACUUUGCAUUACCCGUGCAUUGGCUAUCUUGGCUCCCAAGGAUUACCGUACUCUUUACGAAUUGAUCCAACAGAAGAUGACCAAGAACACCCCAUGCACUUUGCUCUUGGGCAGGACUGUGACUUUGUUGAAGCGUGAGCUCUGGCGCAAGGAAAUGGAUGAUCGCAUCAAGGGGCUCUCUCGUGGCAGUCCUGUCACUCCAGACUCCUGCGUUAAAAACAAGUGGUACUGGGUUGGAACCACCGACCCAAACACCAACGAGAAGAGCUGGAGAGUCUGUCUCUUUACCCAGCGCAGCCGUGUCACCAAGCGCAUGCGUUUUGUGGAUGUGGAUAUUAACUUCCCCGUCACGUACGACCAUAACAAGGUGGAGCUUCUCACGUACAUUCCAGUUGCGGAGGCCAUUUCGCGAGCCCAAAAGGUCUUUAUGACCGUCGAGUUGGACCAUGGCAGGAAGUUCACCUACAAUUGCUUUAUGGAAUUUGGUGACCCCGCGAGCGCUGAUUCGAUGCGCACAAGGCUCCGUCGAUUGAUCACUGUUGCUCAAUUGCAGUGCUACGAAAUGGACAGUGCCCGUCUCAACACCUUGACCGAGAUGAAGAAGACGGCGCAGUCGGCUCUGAGCCCUCCAGGCCAAGACAAAAAGCCGCCACAGAAUGUUAUGGUGGUCGGAGGAGGACCCACCGGAUUGUUGAUGGCUGUUCAUUGUGUUCAGAAUGUCUUGAUGAGUGGCGGACAAGUCCGAGUCUACGAAGAUCGUGAUGCUUACGACAAGGAGGCAGCGACGUAUGAGCGUGCCCAGAUUGUUCGUCUCGAUUCCAGGCAAAUGGCCAUGUUGCGUUACCAUUUGGGAACCAGCUUUGAAGACAUCUUCAUCCCUCUCAGCGGAGAAACCGACCCUCACCUCGGAAACACCAUCCCGUCCCAAGGUUUCGUUGAGGUCACCAUCAAGCGUUUGGAGUUCAUGUUGCAAGAGGAACUCCUUCGUCUCAACUCGAAGGAUUUGCUUGCUUUCUACACGAAGAGUCGUAUCGACAUUGACGUUGAGAAGGCAUGGGCCUACAAGGCUGGCAAGGCGUUGAAAGAGGACGAUCAAGUUUUCCUUGAAGGUCAUCCCGGUGUGUGGAAGGUCAGGGAAUUUGUCUUUGAAGAACAACUCCGAAAGGAUGAUGUGCAAGUCGGUGGAGCGUACGACAUUCGUCCCCGCGGUGACGACAAGGUUCGCGCCUUCAAGCUCGACGAGAAGGAUUCGGAGCUUGACCACUACCACUUUGUGUCUCAAGACCCCAAAAUUCCAGACAUUGCCGGCUGCUUCCGUGAUUUGCCACCAGUCUAUGCCUCCGGCAAAGGACGCAUCGAUCCUACCACCGUUAUCUUUGAGAGCAUCGCCAGAGGAGGCGAGGUCCCUCAGAUGGAGAUCAUGCCGUAUGACGACGUCGCCAAGAAGAAGUUGCGCUUGAACGUCACUGAUUCCCACGUGAUCGUCGCAGCGGGAAAACCGAAAGAUAAGAACUUGAGCCCCAAGGACUUGAAGCGAGGAAUGAAGUACGACAUGAUCGCUCCCGAGGAUGGGCAGCCCAGACGAUUCCUGCUCGAGAAAGUUGGAGACGACCAUUACACGUUCGUCGCCCAGGAAGCCGGAAUUUCUAACAUUGUUGGCAAAUAUUCCAGCCUGCCUCCGAUUUUUUCGACCAAAAACACUCAUUUCCACAUCACCACGGACGAGCCCUACGCCGUUUGCUGCAUCGAAGGGUUGAAGAUCUCCAUGGGCAUGCACUUGCUCGGCCAGCAGCGAUGGGGACCGGGUGUUUGGGAUGAUGUUCGAAGUGUCAACGAUCAAAACACCCGAAUUGUUGGAGACUUCACGAAGAGUGUUGCUCUGGUCCCAACCGUCGACAGGAUGAUGGAGAAGCUUGAUAAGAGCAAAGUCUGGAUUGCUCACUUUGACCACAUCGCGGACAACUUCGAAACCGGCCAGCAAGUUCAGAAUGUUGCAUCCCGUCUGAAGAUGAUGAUGGGCAAAAUGAAAGCUUACGGGUUCAAGCGUGUCCGUCUGCAAACUCGCUUCUUUGAGCUCGGAAUGAACUAUUAUUUGGGUAUGGAAUUUGCAAGAGAAUUCGACAAGCUGAAGAACGAUGCUGCCAAGGAACUGGUGAAGGAUGCCCGUGAGCACGCUCCGCAGGCAACCAAGACAGCCGUGGCAAGGCUGCGUUUUUCGAUCAUGCACGCCAUAGAUCGGCUGUGGUAUGAAGCCUGUUUGGAGGUCAUCCAGGAGGGUGAUGUCUACAAUCCAGGCGGUCGAGCAAAUAUUCCACAACUCUACACAAUUGAUUCCCCUCUGGAGGACAACCUAGGUGAUUUGCCGGUUGCGGAAGCCUGUGUGCUCGCACGCCGCCCUUGGGUUGUCACUGGGGCUGAUGGCGCCAGCGUCAUGGCACGGUUGGAAAGUGGGCAGAAGUCGUUCCCAUUGCCGGUUGACACCCCCGUCAAUGAAUUGAAGAGGGACACAAAGACUACCCUCAAGUCCCUCAAAAACAACGACCGAUUCAUUCCGCUGGCCUCUUUUGAGAUCCUUUUCAGGGCUGGUGGCUACUCUAUCGUGCGCAACACUUCUGGUUUCAUCGUCAAGAUGCCAAACGAUGUGAAGGUUCACAGGCUCAGCGACUUGAGCAGAGGUGUCGACGGUUACUCCGAAUCCAAGGUUGCCCUUGCGGCUUUCCCUGUGGCCCAUGUCGUCUGUAACCGCGCAGUGAAGCUGAAUGUCAAGACACCAAAAGCCCUCGAAGGCUACAUGAUGGCCUUCGUUGGAGAUGGACAGGCGUCGCCCCAUUUCAUGCGAUACAGUGGUUUGACCGGUGCCUGCAUCAACUGUAUGUCAUUCAACAACAUGAUCGGUCAGGCGGUUGCUGGAAUUGACUACAAGGCCCGCGUCCAGCGAUACGGGCUUGAAACGAACUGGAGCAAUGGCGAAGUUGUUCAGCGUGGAACUGGAGCUAACUACGGAGAGGACGGAUUCCUCAGGCCGGGUUUCACAUACACACUCCUGGUUGACUACCUCUACCAGAAGGCCCAAGAGUACCACGAGACCGGCCUCAUCAUGGAGCAAAAUAUUCUCUCUCGUGACUGGAAGAUCAAGAUGGCCGCGUCGCUGGUGCCUCGUGGGUUGGAAAAUGACUCGGUGUACCUCAGCGCCAUGAUUGGGGAGUUGCGCAACGUGCUGAAGCAGAAGUUCGAAGAUGGCGUCAAGUUAGAGAUGAACAUGAACGAUAUGAACGAAACCGAGAUGAGCCGCAUCGAUUCUGACUUGGAUUUGUACUUUGAAGCCUUCAAAGGGACGUCCCCAGCCCUUGAAAGGUAUUCUUCGGACACUAGCAUGUUCAUCAAAUUCACCACCGACGCCUUGGCAGACGCGAUCAACUACUCCUUGGAGUUGCGCGCCGACAACAAGAGAUUCACCUCGGAGAUGUUCACUCAGCCCAAGCCCGUUGACUCCAUUGUUGAUGACUUUGCUGUGGAAGCUCAGAACUUUGCCAACUCGUUGACGCAGUCAGUCGCCUUUGCCGUCGCUGCUGCGGGGUUGGCUGUUGUGGACGGCGCUGGAGCAUGGGCAUCGUUGGUUUCUGGUCUUUUCAGUAUCUGGUUUGCCUUCGGGACCAUGACCAAUGUUUCCCGUUACAAGAAUCGAAACGAGGAGCAUAGGCGCUACUACGCCGAGAAGAAGUUUUUGAAGGUCCAGAAGGCUGUCUUUUCUUUGUUGCGCCGAGACCAGCGAGAGUCAAUGAUGUUCGAAGAGAAUCCUUAUGCUGUGGACCUAGACAACCUGGCCAACGAAUUCAUCUACAAGGCCGGGUACUACGGCUAUUCCGAUGCUGUGGUCCAAUCCUUCAAAGAUGCGUACGCAGAAUUCAAGGCAGCGAUCCACAAUGAUGGGGCUGCCGCGAAAUUCAUGCGAGCUGUCGUCGGCGAUUUUAUCCCCAAAACUUUCCACGCGAACUCAUACCUCCAAGAACAGCUCGUCAUGAUCUACGCUGCUACCAAUGAGAUCCGACAAGGCAGAACCCAGGGUGGCCAAAUCCAGGGCGGCGAGACGGGGGAUGUUUUGGACAUGCUCAAGACUUUCAAGCCUAAAUUGGAGGCCUCGUUGGAGUCUCAAGCGAUUAGCUAUGGAUUCUUCAAACGCCGCAAGUUCAGCCAGUGGGCUGUUGUGGUAUCGAUCCGCUACUUCCUCUCCUUCUUCUUCCCUUGCAUCUGCGGCGGUGUUGGGUACCAGACCUCGAGAAUCCUGAACGCGAUGAGGAAGAUUCGUCCCGAUGGAUCAAGCAACAACUACCUCUUCAACCGCGCAAUUGUUGAUGUUCGAGACCUUUACCGUGCCACCACAGAGAGUGAAGUCGCGAGUGCCGUCUUCUUGAGUGGUGCCCUGGUUUUCUUUGCCGUCAGCAUUGUCACUGUCUUCCGUAUCAUUGCCUUGGCUUACGGUGAUGAUGUUCCAGAAGUGGUUGGUUACUUGGAAACAGCUGCCGGUUGGGCUGUUCUGCUGUCGUUUUAUGGUGCUUUCUUGGCACUCUUCCACUUCCUCCGCAAGCUCAGGCACUUGGUCGGUCUCCACUUUUCUUUGGGUCGCAACCAUGGCGGCCAGAUGAGCAAUGAAAUUUUCCAAGUCCGCUGGGUCACCUUUGUUCAAUUUUUGCUGACUUUGCUGCGCGUUGGGACGGUCGGCACCGCGUGUGUGGCCUUGCCUUGGGGUCUGAUCGAUCGGGAGUUCAUUGCAGAGACCGAUGACGAACAGUCGGACUUGCCUGCUUACAUCGCCGCACUUUCCGCCAUCUUGGCUAUCGUCUCCGUCUUCUUCUUCUUCCUUGUGGAGUUCUGGGUGCGCUAUGGAUUGGACCCCGCUAUUGGUCGCCGUGUCUUUGACCUUUUGAAGCCCAAGAUUGAGGAGAUCAAGACUUCCCUGGCUCCCAAAACUACACAGGCCGACAUUGAACCGUACCAGAACCUGGAGCGAGAGACUUGGGAAUACACAGCCCGUGAAUUCCUCCACGAAUUCCGAUUUGAUACCGUUGUUGCCGCAGACCGCUUUGGAAACAUCUUGCAGUAUGUGCAGAGCCAGUACCUGGAGGACAAGAAGUCAGCCUAAGUGAAGCGAGCUGUUUGGGUCGGUCUGUUUGCUCUCGAGUAUCUUAGCACUCGAGAGUGUUGCUGUUUUACAUGAAAUUUAUGCAUAUCACAACUCUCAGUUAGGAGAUAAAAUAACCUAUAUUAGGUGAAGUUUGUUAUUGUGAUCGAAUGGUUGCUGUAUUUUUUUGUUGCCGUGAGGCCCUUCUGCUGCUUGUGUUGGCGUUUGAUGCGUGCUAUUAGUGGAGCUGUGUAGGGCACCCAAGAAUGCCGUUGUACCGCAGGCAGGCUCGUAGGAAGCAAGCAAAAAGCAAAGUAACGCUACUGGCCAGCCAGCCAGAAUUCCACUGCAAUUCGUUUCAUCCCGGCUACAAUGAUACUGGAGUAGUAGCAGGGCUCCUUUAUGCCAGUGUCGCUCGGCUUCUUUCUGGUUUCCGAAACAAGAGCCAGUGGCGGCGUGAUAGUCUUCUACUAGCUACUGGUAGUAGAAGAUUGCAAGGACCAAUGCUUCACAGCUGGCGCAACAAGCAACGGUGGCUGAUCUGCAACGGCACUAUUAGCUACUCCAGGCCCCGUACCGGUGGCAAUUACUCAGUACACGUGCACUGGUAAUUGAUAGCUAGCUACUGGUACCAGUACCGGUACCACCUUCUAGCUAGCUACUAGCUAGUAGUCUAGUAGGUUUCGAGUCGCUCAUUAAUACAAAAGUUGUGUAGGCGAGCUAUAGCCUGCGCCAGCCAUAUCAUGUUCUUCAACGAACAGCCAACAGGACGCGAUAGUAAACCCCAUUUCAUCUGCAUAAUGCCGAAGGCCAUCUCCACCCUUAUGCGGCACUGGCUGGCGUAAAAGUUGAAAUUGUCGUAGAGUGGGAUCAGUUUGUCGGAACCCUGGUACACCGGUACCAUGUGCUCCGUAGGGAUGUAUGCCGCAUCGCCAAUUACGCAAACACCGGUUGGAAGCGACUCCACCCAAUUUUGUAAAGCACAUUGCCGCAUAGCAUUACGGUCAUCCGAAACCCCGGGAGCGGCAUAGGCAAAGAAGAUGAACUGAGAAUGGUGGUCCGCUACGGCCUGGAUGUUUACUCCAUAGCACUGAUAGUGACCUGAGAAGAAGCUUCGGAUGUUGCCAGUUUCCUUCUUGGUCGGUACCCUGAUACGCAUAAGAUAGCCAUCGACGACACCAACACAGUUAUGUAUGGCAGCACCGUCCGAUAUCCCGGCAAAACCCUCCAUUGCAGUCUUUAUUUCCUGUUGAGUACGGGGGAAUCGAAUCUUCAACAGCGGACACUUGCACAAUGCCGUUAUUGUCUUCCAUAGUACUCGAUAGAAUGAACUACGGGAAAUUCCAGCAAUGUCUGUAAUAUCCAGGUAGGAGCCACCGGCCAAAUAUCGAAUCGUACAGUAGAGGCACAGUUCGGGGAUUAUUGAUCCACCCCUUCGCAUAGCUUGAGUCUCAUUUACAAGCAGGUCGUCGACUACAAACGAAAGCAGCUUGUCAAAGCUUUCUUUGCGCAUCCGAAGUCGUCUAGCAAAGGUCCCACGUUUCUGGUGUUUCUGGCAGUACCGAUCCCAAGACAACCUUUGUUCGAAAAAGGACGGCUCCCUUGAUUCGCCUGGUAGACACAGUAGAAGACCAACCAUAAGAAUAGAUAGCUGCAGAAGCAACGCCACAUCUUGUUCGUAUUCCUC